AUGGCAAGCUUGAAUAGCCCGACACAAACAGCCGUUGCUUCCCAAAUGACAGCAAUGGAUAUUAAAAAGGAUGAAGAGUUUGUCAUUCAUGGUCCGACCGAGCCAUCUCUGCAGAAUUUGACGAUAGGGAAGUUGCUUCAACAGCAGAUUGAUCAACACCCGGAUAAGCUUGCAGUGGUAUCGAGAUGGCAGAAUGCAACUCUGACCUACCAAUCCCUCUUUGACUCGAGUCUUGAUAUAUCGCAAGCUCUUCUGGCUCAUGGAUUAUUCUUAGGGGUUGGCGGACUUGGAUCCGUCUUUACCAUUAUUAAUUCCACUUUUACUGCCGAAGAGGUUCUUUCUACGAUUGAUUUUAUAGGUUGGGCCUGUUUCUUUUGA